AUGGACGAGUCGUCGCUGCUGGACCUGCUGGAGUGCUCCGUGUGCCUGGAGCGGCUGGACACGACGGCCAAGGCGCUGCCCUGCCAGCACACCUUCUGCCGCCGCUGCCUGGAGCGCAUCGUCUGCUCCCGCCACGAGCUGCGCUGCCCCGAGUGCCGCAUCCUGGUGGGCUGCGGGGUGGACCAGCUGCCCGCCAACAUCCUCCUCGUCCGCCUGCUGGACGGCAUCCGCCGGGGACCCCGGAAGGGUGGCGAGGGGAAGGGGGGAGGUGAGCACUGUACUAGCUGCUUGGGAGAGGAGGCUGGGCCCUUCCCAAAUUGUUCCCGGGAGGAGGGAAGGCUAGAACAAGGGGGUCGAUGGUCACGGGUUCAAAUCCCGGCUCCACCAAUUAGAGCCCUCCCGCAGCUGCCUUGUGGCCAGGCCCUCUACAGCUACGAGGGGAAGGAGCCUGGGGACCUCAAGUUCAACAAGGGGGACAUCAUCAUCCUACGCCGAAAGGUGGACGAUCACUGGUACCACGGAGAACUGCACGGCCAUCACGGCUUCUUCCCCGCCAGCUUCGUCGAGUGCCUCAAACCCCUGCCUCUAACCCCGCCCCAGGGCAAAGCCCUCUAUGAUUUCGAAUUAAAGGAUAAAGACCAAGACAAGGACUGUCUGUCCUUCACGAAGGAUGAAAUUCUGACAGUGAUCAGGAGAGUCGAUGAUAACUGGGCCGAAGGCAUGCUGGGAGACAAGAUUGGGAUUUUCCCUCUCCUCUAUGUCGAGCUCAACGACUCGGCCAAGCAGCUCAUCGAGACGGACGUGGGCGCGGGGCCCGGGCAAGAGGCCUCCCCGCCGUCGUCCCCGGCCCCAGGCCCCACGCCGAGCGGGGCGGGCGUGGGCGCGGUGGGUGCCAUCCAGAGGCGCGUCGACGGCCGGAAGCACACCAAGAAGCGGCACUCCUUCACGGCGCUCAGCCUGACGCACAAGGCGGCCCAGGCGGCCAGCCAGCGGCGCUCCAUGGAGAUCAGCGCGCCCGUGCUCAUCAGCUCCAGCAACCCGAGAGCCGCCGCCAGGAUCGGGGAGCCGCCCCAUCUCUCCUCCAGCGCCCCGGCCCAGGAUUCCUCUUCAGCGGGCUCCGGGACUCUGACCAACACUAGGACGUCUGGGAUCGCCGGAGACCAGGGACCGACCUCCUCUCCAAAGACCCCGCUGCCCCUCAAUAUAUACCUGGCGCUCUACGCCUACAAGCCCCAGAAGAAUGACGAGCUGGAACUCCGCAAGGGAGAGAUGUACCGGGUCAUCGAGAAGUGUCAGGAUGGUUGGUUCAAGGGGACCUCGCUGCGCUCCGGCGUCUCGGGCGUUUUCCCUGGAAACUACGUGACCCCCGUCUCCAGAGUACCCCUAGGAGGGGCCGGGCCGGCCCGAAAUCACCUGGCAGGAGGGUCACCGUUGGCCAAAGGAGGUCCGGGAGCGGCCGGUCCUGGAGUCGGGAACCUCCCCCAUCCAUCCACGGCAUCCCGGACGGUGAGCCCCCUUUCCCAGCACCAGGCCGCCUCUCCACCGACGAGCACCUGCCUGAGGUAUUCGGCUCAGCCAGCUGCCAGCCCGGCCAGGGGUUCCACACAGAUGGCCGCUCACUCCUCCGCCCAGGUCCCGGACCGGCCCACGGCUACGGUGUCCCCGCUUCGCACCCCAAACUCUCCCUCCCGCCUCCCGGCCUCCGCCGUCAGACCCCAUCUGGGGACCUCUCCGCAGCUGGUCCAGCAGGCCCCGGCCACCCCCGGAGCCCCGGCGGGCCCCCGGCCCGCGAUCCCUCUCACGUCGGCCGCGGCCGCCAUCACGCCUCCGAACGUCAGCGCGGCCCACCUGAACAGAGAGGCCGGGCCCGGGCCCGGGGGCGGCCAGCCAACCUCCAGCCCGACCAGUUCAGCCUGUAGAGCCGAGGAGAAGAGCAACGAAAAGAAGGAGAAGAAAAGCGGACUGUUGAAACUUCUGGCAGGGGCGUCGACCAAAAAGAAGCCGCGCUCGCCUCCGUCCGUGUCUCCGACCCACGAUCCCCACUCGGCCGUGGAAGCGGCCCUGCGGGGAGCCGUGGGGCCCGACCUGUCCUCCCCGUCCGGCCACGGCAGGGCCGGCUCCUGUCCAGUGGAGAGCGAGAUGCAAGGCGCCAUGGGGCUGGAGCCGCUGCACAGGAAAACCGGCUCCUUGGAUCUCAACUUCGCCUCCUCUCCCCCGGCCCGCCAACCGCUUUCCUCCCUGGCCGCCAUCCGCCCCGAUCCCAAGCCGUUACCCCGAGAAAGGUAUCGAGUGGUGGUCUCCUAUCCUCCUCAGAGCGAAGCCGAGAUCGAACUGAAAGAGGGAGACAUCGUGUUUGUGCACAAAAAGCGAGAGGAUGGUUGGUUCAAGGGGACGUUACAGCGCAGUGGCAGGACAGGCCUCUUCCCCGGCAGCUUUGUCGAGAGCUUCUGAGGGGCCGGCUUUUCUUCCCCGGAGCUCACGCCUCUCCUUCCCAGGCGGCUUUCCGGAAGACAGGAAGGGCACCGCUGCCAUGGCCUCCAAAGACCAACGCCCACCCCCCGGCCCGGGCCCUUCAGCUCCAGGGACGCCGAGCUCUGCCGUUGAAUGUCCGGACCUGGGGCUGCCACAGAUCGGGUUCCAUCGGAGUUGCGCCUUCCUCCGGGAAUCACAAAACUGAGGGGAUGCACUUUCGGAAAGCCGUCGACGCGAGAGGAGGUAUCGUUGGCCGACGGACGGACGAGAAGACUGACGCCUCGGCCUGAGUUUUUCACCCGAGCUGCGGAGAGCUCGUCUCCCGCCUAUGCAAGAUGGACUGGGAGCUUGUGGGAAGGGGGCGAGGGUGCUUGUCGUUGGAGCUGCGGGACAUUCAUUUGUCUGUGUUCAGGGAAGAGGGAGAUCCGCGCGACCGCUCACGCCAGGUGCUGUCCUUCGGGCCCGGCUGGGUGGUGGGGGGAAAGGAGGAGGAAGGUCCAAAUUGGUAGGGUCACCUUUUUCGAAAUACCUCAGCCAUCUGCAGCCUAAUUCCAUCAGCCAGAGCGGGGCUGACAUCUUUAUGCCUGCGGGCCAUUUGGGUGGUAUUCCACCAGACCACUCCUGGGCAGAUCGGGAACGCACCGUGUGACUUUGGCCUUGGACCGGUGGACCAGAGUCCUCUGGUGCGUGACACCUCCCAGUGUGACACGGCGCAAUCUCUGGUUUCUGCCCCUCGGUUUCUCUUCCCGCUGCUUUUUUUCGGACACGCCUUUGUACCGUAAACGCCACUCGACUUUCUAUAUUUCUAAUAGGCCACACAUUUCCUAUUUUUCAUACAUCUGGUGCUUUUGUUUUUAAAUGGGACAUCAAACAUGCAGGUGUUUUUAUAUUUUCCAUAUGAAUUUCAGAAUCAGCCAACACGUCCACACCUCAAGGUCAGAAACAUUAGAUAAUGCCUCACUGAGCAAAAGAGAGAAAUCGGUUUGGGUGGUAGUGGGGAGGAGAGGUUUGGAAAAAGCCAAAAUGUUUGAGCCCAUCUUAAAACCCCAGCACUGUGUCUAGACAGUGACAAUUAUUCAGGAAUCGGGAGCGUUUCCAAAAGAGACAACUUUAAUUGACUUUUUCAUGGCAAUAAAAAGAAUACUGCAGGUUACAGCUAGUCCAGAAUGGCUGGAAUUUUCCUCUUCUCAAGUCAGAGAGAAAGUUUCAGCGGCUGUAAUUAGCAGCAUCAAAAUGUGAUUUCUCGCUGUGGACAUAUACAAUUCUAACCACCAUUCAGACUUAUAAUCCAGUUAAGGUUUAAAACAAAACAAAAAAAAUCACCCUACAUCAACCAGUGUAAACUUCCAUUUACCUGGCGGCAAUAAAUAUAAAGGAGGAGAUUUGAUUCUUCACCGAGGUCACGGCAGAGAAAAGUCUCAUAGUGCAUCUGUCGGGGGAAAGUCGGGGAAGAGAAGAGAUGCUUUGAUUCGGUGAGGCCCAAAUCAAAAAGCAUAAAGAGAAUUUAUUAAU